CCAGGAAAUUUUUGGAAUGUGUGAAACUGUAUUUUCAAUUAAUUCAGUUAUUGUAGGUUGAUUUUCAAGAUUCCUCAUGUUGUAAUUUUUUACUGGAAAAAUUUGAAAUUUUGGGAAAAUGAGCUUCUCACCUUCCUCUUUACAUGCAAAAAGAUUCAAAAUUUUCCCUUCACUAGUUUUCCAGGAAAUCUUUGAAAUGUUUUUCCAGGAAAACUUUGAAAUGUGUUGAUUUCUAAGAUUUUUCAUGUUGCUGUUUUCCACUGGAAAAAUUUGAAAUUUUGGAAAAAUGAGCAUCUCAGCUUCCUCUUU